AUGACUGAAUGUGGAUUAUUGAUGCCUCUGGAACACAAAAAAGAUGUGUCAGAAGAGAAGGUCACGGAUGGCCCGAAAGAUCUGAUCCUGAAGACGACACCACGAGAAACUGAAAAUGUAUCCCCUCUGAAUAGUUCUCCCCAAGAAACAACCGAUGAAGAAUCAGAUAUUCAAGUGGCAACUGAUAUGGCUGUAAAUGUCAACAUUAUGGCUAAAGAACCAACCGUAGCUCUUCCACCAAUUAUUACGGUAAAAUGUGGAACCCUCACUGCAAAAAUGGUAACAAAGCUUUUCACAUGUCCUGGAAUUCACCAAAACUGCAUUUUGAUAGACGGAGAGACAGAGUAUAUCAGUCCAAAGGAAUUCACAGUCCGAGCUAGCAAGGAUAAGCAAAAAGACUGGAAGGGAAGCAUCAGAAUAGGAAAAUCCAACCUUCGAACUCUCAUGGAAAUGAGAUCGCUUGAUUUCCAUGACCACCCGAACCAAUGCUCAGCUAAAUGUCAAAGUAGAAAUUACAUCACUCCGAAAGACCCAACUACUGAUCCAUCCGGUCGACGACGGUCUAGCACAACCAAACUAAUUCCUCAAAAUAUGUUCUCCCAUUUGGCCACUGGGUUCCCAACCGCGUCGACAAGUUUGUUCACAGUACCAAAGAAAGAAACACAAUUAUCAGAUGGACAACCAACAUUAGGUACACUAUUCAAAAAUCCGACGUUCUCUCGAUUUGUGGCUAUCAGUCAGAACAUGAAAAACAACAAUUUCUCAACUCCAUCAACCACACAACCGCAACUUCCAUUCUUUACGACAAAUACAAUAAAAGAAGAACCAAUAAAUGUAGAUGACGUGACUACGCAGUUAUUCCAACAACAGCAACAACAACGUGUUGCUGCAACAAGUUCCCUGCUGCAAACAGUUCCACCACAACCUACAACAUUUUGGAAUUCUGAGAACAGUUAUCAGGGGAAAAUGGAACAGAAUCCUCAAGAAUUAAUGGCAGAAAUGAUCAACACAGGACUUGGGGAUAACAUUAUUGACAUGAUCAUCAAUAAAAUGAACAAUAUGAGGGAUAAACUCAAGGGAAUCUCAACAUGCCCAAACAUUCUUCUCAAAAUGUUGUGCAGUUUGAACGCAGCGGACACAUUCUGCAAUGCAAUCCAGGCUGUUGACAGCAUGCAAGCGGAAAUCGCAAAAGAAGAGCAACUUUUAAUCAAAGGACAAGCUCAAGUACACCGACUGUCUUCUGACUAUUCCUCACUGGAAGAUGAAAUUCCUGGGAGGAAAAGGUCGCUCGAUAUUGCAGAUCUUAUUGGUCAGCCACAACCAAAACGGCCAUCAAUUACUACUUCAAUGCUGGAAGAUGGUUCCGAAGUUCCAACCGUUCAACAUUUGCUAACACCUAUUAAACCAAUUGUAGCAGUUCCGAAACCAAUGAGUCCUCAAGACAUGCUGAUGAAUAUUGCCAGUAGUAUGAGCUCUACCAUUGAAAGAAACCAUGUCCUAGCAGCUCUUCACAUGGAGGAACUCCGAACGGCUGCAGCACAAUAA